UUUGCCUAUUUUAAAAAUUGUAUUAAAAGAAUUGAAAUUUUUUCAGGUAAGGUAAAUGUACCGAUAACAGACGAGAACAAAUAAUAUCCCGAUACCUGAGCAUCGAUGCAGAUAUUAAUUAUUAUUAAGCACGUAAAUAAGGUAGGAAUAAUAUUUUGACUAAUGUGUAUUAUUUAAUCUUGUUCCCGCGUUUUUUCGUAUCGAACCUUCGAUAAGCUCGGUCAUUGAUUUGACCGGUUGACUCGACGUUAACUUCAGAGAACUGUAGAAAGUUUGUCAACGUCAUAAACGUAAAGUACAAAGUGUACGACACGAUGGAAUACGUGUUCUCACCGUAACAUUUCAAAACACCAUUAACCGUCUAAGCGUGAUCAUUCGAGAAUAUAUUCGUACAAUCAUGUAACGAUAGAUAAGCGACCGAAACAAAUGUAAUAAAUUAUCUUUGGUCGAGUGCAAAUUAGUUUUAACGAAAUCGUCGGGCGUCGAAUAUGUCAUGAAUUUUAUAACGAUUUAGUUUGUAAUAUUGUUCGUAGUAUUUGAUUAAUUUUUCGUUACUGAAACAAUGGCUCUUCCGAUCGAAAUAAAUUCUAAGCGUGUACAGAUAUCUUUGAUAUUAUUGUCUUGUUCGAGUGUCGUAGUAUUAUUUAUUUAUCUGAACCAUGUGCAACCACAUUAUUUCAUUGACGAGGUUUUCCAUGUACCUCAGACAUUGCAGUAUUGUGCCAACAAUUUUACACAGUGGGAUCCUAAAAUUACCACUUUACCUGGUUUGUACCUACUUGCGACCGCGAUCUUAUCGCCUUUGAACCUCUGUAACAUUUUUUACAUGAGAUCUAUAAAUUUACUUGGAACGUUUGUAAAUUUAUAUCUCGCGUACAAUAUACUCGAACGAAUCUCAUUUAUUCGUCGGAGGCAAAGAUGGAACAAUUGGAUGAAACUCGCAAUCGCUUAUAACAUUAUGCUUUUUCCACCCUUGUUCUUCUGGCAUUUUCUGUAUUAUACAGACAUCGUGUCUGUUAACGCAGUAUUGCUAAUGUUACUGUUACAUUUGCGCGAACGGUUUAAAACAGCAGCUUUUCUAGGUUUCUUGUCUGUAUUAAUUCGGCAAACAAAUAUUAUCUGGGUUGCAUUUAUCGCUGUGGAAUGUGCAUUUGACUUGUUAGAUCGUACGAUGCAUAAAUCAAUUUCAUACGAACAAUAUAGUUCGAUACUUUAUUUACGACUACUAUGCAAAAAGAUAAUAGAAGAAUGUCAUGGAUUGGCUUCGUUUCUAAAGUUUGUUACUCGAGUGUGUAUAGAGUUGCUUCCAUAUGCAACAGUUUGUUUCUUAUUUCUUGCAUUUGUUAUUUGGAACAAAGGUAUUGUAGUUGGAGAUCGGACUGCCCAUGUUCCUACUAUUCAUAUCCCACAGUUAUUAUAUUUUUCUGCGUUUCUUUCGUGUUUCCUAUGGCCAUAUACAAUUGUACGUUGGAAAAGCUAUUUGGACUUUGUUCGAAAACACUGGAUCUUUGGAAGUUGUUUGCUAAUAGUUUUAACCGUAAUAGUUCAUUACAACACGCUUGUUCAUCCAUACAUGUUAGCCGACAAUAGGCAUUAUGUAUUUUACUUUUGGAACAAGUCUAUGGGAAGGUACAGGCUAUUUAAGUAUCUGUUAAUACCUGUUUACUCGUUUACUCUAUAUACGGUAUACUAUGGAAUCAAGCAUUUGAGAUUCACAACACAGAUUAACUAUUUUAUCAUGGUAUCAGCUGUCCUUAUUCCUCAGUUGCUUAUAGAACCACGUUACUUCAUUAUUCCCUAUAUUUUUUAUCGCUUACUUAUUCAGAAACCAAAGAAGUGGCAAAUUGUUAUGGAAUUAGUCACUACGUUGGUAGUUAAUUUUCUACAAUUCUAUAUUUUCGUUAACAAGGUGUUUUAUUGGAGCGAUCAACCCCAUCCUCAAAGGAUAUCUUGGUAAAAUAAGAUAAAUUAAAUGAGUCUUAUUAUUCUACCAAUAUUUAAAAAUACUACAGAGAACCUUGAUCCUUUUGUACUUAACAUAAACUCUCAUUUACCGUCCGUAAAAUAAAGGAGUCCGUCGAAAAAAAAAAGGUUAUUAACCACCAUGUUGUAAUACAAUAACGCAUUUGUACAAGAUUGUACCAAGCACAUGGUGGAAAUGAAAAACCUUUAUAGACGUUAUGUAAAUUAGAAUAUCACAUCAUCAUUUAUUACUUUUGUUACAUUUCUCUAUAAGGAACAGUAAGUAACUAACUAAGCGUGAAUAUAUCGUUUACACGCGGUAGGUUUCUGUUUCAUUUUUUUUUUUUCUUUUUUUAUUCACAUUUAUUUCUACGUAACUUACACAACAUAACGCGACUAGCAAACGAUUCGAUUAAAAUCGAUCGGUGUAGUUUGUACUUACCGAACCGUAUAAAAGUUCGUACGAAAACGAAACCGUGAAUUAAAAUCCUUACGUGUAUCGCAACAUUCCUUUAUUCAGUUAUUCAGUUCCUGUUUCGUUGAGAAUUCGCGAGUAAUGCCGUAAUUAGGAUAUGUGUCGAUCGAAACAACGAUACUCGUAAAACGCGAGUAGUAAACGGUAUGGAAAACUUUCGAAAUGAUUGGAUGGAUUUAAACUUCUCAGACGACAUUGAUCCUUUGCAAUUCCGUCCUCGUAACUAACUUCGUCUUUCGUGCCCUCUUUUUUUUCGCGUUCACGCUUUCGAGUAGGUUUCGAAGAUUUCAUUUAAAAAAAAAGAAAAAAACCCCCCUUCUCGCGUUCUCAGUCUUAUAAAUGUAUUGCACGCAUUCACGCCGUCGCGUCUACGCCUUUUUUCUAUCGUUUGCUCUUUUACGAGUAUCGUUACUAUGCUUCAUUAUUAGACGUGAUCUUUGUCGUACGAAAAUUUGUAUGAUCGAGGUAAGCCUAUUCGGUGGCCUUGGGCGGCCGAACUCUGUUGCCACGACAACGAAGACAGUGUGAUGGGGGUAUCCAGCAGCGGCUUUGGCAAGACUGAAUUACUUCAUUCAAAUGUGUCCGUUAAAAAUUUUUCAAUUUUGGAAGAGACUAAAAGAAUUAGGAAGCGUAAUACAUUCGACGAUUGAUAUAAAGAAUACGAUUUGUAUACUAAUGGCACACGAGCGUGAUCCAGCGUGCGAUCGAGUUUACAAAAACAAAAUGAACGCCUAUCGCGUAACCGUUAUCACACUUUCGCACUUGGGACUUUUGAUCGAAAGAAUAAACGGACUCGUCGAUGUGGUGCAUCUUUAUGGAUUUUAGUGAUCCUGAACUGUGCCAAGCCCAUUUGAAUUCACAAGGAUGUAUCUCAUCGACGUGUUCACCGAGAAUAAACGAGAGACAUCGUUUUUGUCUACAUCGUGCACAAGAAUUCAAAAAAGAGGGGUUAGAAAGAGAAAAAAAAAUAGUGUCGCAUUUAUUGUCGAAGUUACCUGUUAGUGCCUUGCAGUUAAUUUUCUCUAUUUUCGUCGUUGAACGACUCGUAUGCGUCUGUGAAAUGGGGGAUAAAACGAUAGAAGCGAAUCGCGGGUUUGAACACGCACGUGCGACGGCCUGUGCAAGACUAUCGAAAAGUGCACACGCGCAGUUCAAGCACGGCAAUACUAAACACGAUUCGAAUACUCGUAAAUACCGCUAGCUUCGAAGCAGCGUUCUCAUCUUUUACGAUAAAUAUUAAACGCAGUAUCGUCCGCUUUUACAAUUGUUAAAGUCAUUAACAUACACUCACGCAAUUAUGUGACCCACGGGGGAGCCAACCGUACCUAACAACGAGUUUAUUGCUUUCACCGAUAUCAUCGUUUAAUCAGAUUGUGGGAAAAUCGCAAGAAAACAACAGGCACAAUCGAUCGAACGAUUUACACAGUUUCUUUGUAAACGUUUUCCUUUUUUUUUAAACGAAACUGGGUGCAAUGUCGACAAAUUGUGGCUAGAAUAAGCUUGUUCAGCUACUCGGUCGUAUAUCGAAUAAAUUUCUUCCGUUCUACGGAUUCGAAGAAAUUUCGUAACGCCGCACAAUUUGCACGAUCGACAUUGCUGAUGUUGCUGGACUAGAAUAUAAUACAUGCGACGCGCGUAGCAUCCGAACUAUUGUUCUCUAGCAACAGGGGCGGAGAGAUUAAACUUUUGAGCGACGUUUAAUCAUUAAAAACUGACGAUAAAUCUCUAUGGUUCAGAGAUACUUCCUAUAUCACUCGUAUUACUUUGGUAAUAAAUGUUGCAUAUUAAGAUACCGAAUCGAGCAAUCUGCUGUAACCCUGUAACGAGCUGUACCGAUGUAAUUUAUUCUACGAAUACAAAAAAUCUCAUUUGAAAUUUAACUCGGCUAAAAGUUACUCUGCCAUCUCUUAACACUAUUUCUACGAAAGGUGUGAAAAGACACUUUUUAAAAUUUCAAUUUGAAAUUAUUUUCUAAACUUUACGUAAUUGUUUGCAUCCAAAUUCAAAGGUGUCAAGAACCACUUUUUGAUCAAAAUAGAUACGCAUAGAACCGCGGUAGAAAUAGUGUUAAAUAUACAUACAGGGUGUACGACCACCCCUGGGAAAAAUUAUAAUGGGUGAUUCUAGAGGCCAAAAUAAGACGAAAAUCAAGAAUA